CGCUCCCCAAAGCGACGGCGAGUUUAUGACGAGAGCGACGAUUCCACGCCGAGAUACAGGGAUAGCUCCCCGGACGCACCCGCUGGACUUGACCACGGAUCUUCGAACCUGAGCCCACGUCGAGACUCCGGCGCUCGUCGAAGAUCAAGCUCUUCAGAUGGCAGUAUUGGCGAGCAUGGUCGCGCAUACCAUGGCCAUAAUAGCAGCCGCUCCAGCAGUCCCGAGACACCUCGCUCGUCGCGCGACUCUCCUGUGCCUCCACCUGCCGCCCACAGGCCCCUCAAGCUGAACUACAAGCAGAAAUUCAUAUUGAAGGGCCACAGGAAGGGUGUUUCACAAGUGCGCUUCUCACCAGAUGGUCGCUGGAUUGCGAGCAGUUCCGCGGAUGGUACGAUCAAGAUCUGGGAUGCGGUGACGGGGAAGCAUAUGCGGACGUUAGAGGGACAUUUAGCUGGUAUUUCAACGAUUGCCUGGAGUCCGGAUUCGAAUACGAUUGCUUCGGGGUCGGAUGAUAAGGCGAUUAGAUUGUGGCAUAGAGCGACUGGGAAGCCGUAUCCUGUACCGCUGUUGGGACACCAUAAUUAUGUUUACUCGCUGGCUUUUUCGCCGAAGGGGAAUAUGCUGGUUAGUGGGAGCUAUGACGAGGCUGUUUUCUUGUGGGAUUUGAGGGCGAGGAAACAAAUGAGGAGUUUGCCUGCGCAUUCAGAUCCUGUUGGUGGAGUUGACUUUAUUCGAGAUGGGACUUUGGUGUGCAGUUGUUCAACGGACGGCCUUAUUCGAGUCUGGGACACGGCAACAGGACAAUGCCUCCGAACCAUCGUCCACGAAGACAACGCCCCCGUAACCACGGUCAGAUUCUCCCCAAAUGGCCGCUACAUCCUCGCCUUCACACUCGACUCCUGCAUUCGUCUGUGGGACUAUGUUUCUGGCACCUGCAAGAAAACCUAUCAAGGACACGUCAACACGAAAUACUCUAUCGGCGGCGCGUUUGGAGUUGGAGGAACAGAAGGAUUCAUAGCGUCCGGUAGUGAGGAUGGAGAGAUCCUGUUCUGGGAUGUGAGGAGCAAGGAGGUUUUGCAGAGGGCCAGAGGCCACGACGGUGUGGUGGUCUGGGUUGAUACUUGUCCUGGCCGGUCUGGCACGCUGGUUAGCGGGGGUUUAGAUGGGACGGUACGGAUUUGGGUUAAUGUCGAAGACGAAGACGUUGACAAAGUGAAGACUGAGCAGGAAAACGGUGUAGCCGCAUUUGACCGGGAUGACGGGGAUGUUGAUAUGCAUGAGGUGAAGGUGGAGAAUGGCGCAAGUGAUGAUGAUACCCCCGGAGACGAGAUGAGCAUCGACGGCCGACGAACACCAGAGCGAGAAGCUGAGCAACCGGUAAAUGGUGGCCUGAACUUGGAUGAGAUGGAGGAAUGAAGGUCGAGAUCCAACAUAUGAUGACUAUGAGAUCACAUGAUCCAUACAUUCACAAGCAGUACCAUUAAAUCCCAGGUGCCAGAGCAUCCGGAGCUGGAUCCCCCCCAACGACACAUCCGCUGAGUUGAAGCUCGAGGGACCUCUGCACAGCAGACAUUGCCUUCCUAUCCAAGGCUGAGUCUGCAAGCCCUGCUGGGACCAUGUGAUCACAGCCUCGUUGCACAUCUACACCUCCAUGGCUGAGUUAGAACACAAUGGGAUCUUUCUCACCAUAUAUUGCUUUGGACCACUCUACAGCACUGUCCACAAACUGUCCAUAAUUUAAAAGAUUAUGACAUAUGGCUUCAAAGCAAUUGACUCUCCAAAGAAUUAAUGCUAGUGACAUGCUUCACAUGCUUCUGUCUUCAAAUGAUAACACUUUAAGAGCUGACACUUCUUCCUCAUAAAUGCAACUGCCAACUACCUAUUAUUCAAACCAAUG